AUGGAACCUUCUCCAACAGACCUUUACUCGAUUAAAGAAUGUGUAGGUCGUGGGAAUUUUGGAGAUGUUUACAAAGCUGUGGAUAAUAGAACUAGGAAAUUGGUGGCUAUUAAAGUAGUCAACUUAGAAUUCACAGAUGAAGAUAUUAGUCUAUUGGCUCAAGAGAUAUUCUUUCUGGCAGAGUUAAAAUGUCCUUAUAUAACAAAUUACCUUACUACUAUAGUGGAAGACGUCUCAAUGUGGAUUGUAAUGGAAUAUUGUGGAGGUGGCUCAUGUGCGGAUUUGAUUAAAUAUUGUUACAAAACAGGUUUACCAGAGAUUAAAGUAUCCUUUAUUAUAAAAAACGUUUUAUUGGGUUUACAAUAUUUACAUGAUCAAAAAAAGAUUCAUAGAGAUAUUAAAGCUGCAAACAUUCUUUUAACAGAUUCAGGUCAAAUCAAAUUAGGUGAUUUUGGUGUAAGUGGGAAAAUGACAGCUACUUUAAAGAGAGAUACGUUUGUUGGAACACCAUAUUGGAUGGCACCAGAAGUAAUCAGUCGCGAAAUUAAUGAUGGGUAUGAUGAAAAAGCAGAUAUCUGGUCCCUAGGCAUUACAACUUAUGAAUUAUUAAAAGGUUUACCACCGUUAUCCAAAUAUGAACCAAUGAAAGUGAUUGCUAAUUUAGUUAAGAGGAAAUCUCCAAGAUUACAUGGAAUGUUUAACCCUUUUACCAAGAGUUUUAUUGCUAAAUGUUUAAUUAAGGUUCCUCAGGAAAGACCUGGUACUACAGCAUUAUUAGAAUCUGAAUUUAUUUUGUUCUAUAAGGAUCAUAUUAAGGAUAUUAAGGAUGAUGUCGAUGUUUGUAAAAAUAUUAAAGCAAGAGAUCGCAAUUAUUUUAAUAGACAACCAAAAUUUUCCAUCAAUGAUAAAUUUUAUAACACUUUAUGUCGUAUUGAUGAACCAAUAUGGGAUUUUAACUCCAUGAGAGGAGGUCCCGUUAUUGACUCUGCAGUCUCUACUGACACUUCAACUUCGAAUCAUAAUUGGAGUCCCCUCACAGAGAAUAUGAAAAAUGAAACAAUUACUCCUAUUACAAUGGAGAGCGAUACACAGAGGUCAUUCAAGAAAUUAAAACAAUAUAACCUAUACGAAUUAGGUUCAGGAAUGGAUAUAGAUUCUGACAAGAACCCCGAGGAAAACCAUUCUAAUUCAUUGAAGCCAAAUAAUGAAGAGGAUGUAUUGACAAAUUUAGAUUACUUCAAUAAUGUGAUCUCCUAUUGUUUACAACGUAUGAGCGAAAGAGCAAAAGAUGUCGACACAAGACAAAGAGUAACUAAUUUAUUACAACAAUUUAGUGAAACAGAGUCUAAUGUACCUGGUUUAAGUGAGGUGUUUAUGGAAGAAGUGAUGUUAAGAAUGGACCGUAUUAACACAUAUCUCACGAAUAAAUAA